AUGCCCAGGAAUCCGAAAAAUCUGACAAUCGACACCUCCAUCACGACACCGAACAUCUCUGCAACCAACGACUCCAGCAGCCCCCUCAGCAGCGUCCCAUCCAAUCCUGUCUCCAGUCCUACAGAGAUAGCACCUCCACCUGCUUUCAAACCCGCAAUCAACAGGACAAUCCUCCGCUCGAAAUCCCAGCCCCCUACUACUACGACUGCUACUCAACCCCCUGCCCCUAUGGCUCCUCGUAAGGGUACGGCAGAUGCCAAGGCUAAUGCAGGCUUGAAGCCAAAGCCAAGACAGAAUGCAGCUGCAGCAGCUAAAGCCAAAUCGGCUUCGCCCAUCGAGGCUCAUGUCCCUGAGAAAUACAGGACGACUUCUCUGGCAGCACAAACACAAGCACAAGCACAACCCAGCACCGACGCCCCAGUAGGCCGAAAACUUGCGAAGGCUACAAAAUCGGCACGCAAACGACCAGUCUACGACGACUCCAAUGAUGAUGACGACGAUGACGACGAUGAUGGCAAUGGCGACAAGGAAGCCGAGCACGUCCGCGAUAGCGACACGUCUAAAUCGUCCCACACCAGAGACCUCAAAGCCGCGAGGAAAGGGAAGCAAAAGGUCAUUGACAAAGACCCACCCAGAUCUCCCUCCAAGUCUCCCUCCGCACCUCCUGAGAACAUAGUCAAACGCAAGAUCCCGCCAGGUAAUCGUCUGCCGGGUAAAGGCAAUGCCAAAGCCAGUUCAGGGAGGAGAGUACCUAGACGAAUACCAAAGGAUCAUUUGGGUCGACUGAUCAGAAACCCAAAGUUGAUACCUAAAGCUACGGCGAUGCUCAAGGCUGCGGCGGCAGCCUAUAAAGCUGAUAGAGAGGAGGAAGGCGAGGAUAGUAGUGAAAGCUAUCGCAUAGAUGAGGAGGAUGAUGAGCACCUGCCGUCCCAGGAGCAUCACGAUGACGAAAAUCAUGAUAGGCGGCAGGACGAAGACUACAUGGCAGAGGACGAGGGUGCUGAGGGCGGUGCUAGUCUCGAGAGAGACGAAGCAAAUGAAAGCAACGAGGACCCCGAUGAUGGGCCUUUCCCGGGCAAGACUGGGAAAUCUGCCAGCUCGAGCAAUUUCAGGGGCACAGAGCCAUCGUCCGGUAGCGAGAGCAGCAGCUCUCACAUCUCUGCUCGCCCCCGCCCAGGAGAGCCACAAAAGCAGGUUCUCGGGCGCAAGAGAGGCAAUGGAGCUGCUACCAAGGCGAGCGUCAGUGGACGAGGAAGACCUAGCAAUGGUUGGAGAGGUGCUGCCCCUGGGGCACCUGACGAUUCAGACCACUCGUCCAGCGACGGCUCUGGCAGGAAUGCCAACAUUCCUCGCCGUCGUAGCCCGGGACCAUCGCCCCCUGAGAGAGCCAACGGCCAGUCUCGCGGUCAACACAGGCCGCAGCACGAUGAUCUUCGAGAUGCCAUCAGAGCGUUUGGCAGUUCUCCCGACGGGGACGAAGACGACUCCGAGGCCGACAAUGGCCUAGACACCCCCUCCGACGCCCUCUCCACCACCGAGGACGACGACGACAACAACAACAACAACGACAACGACGCCCGCACCAUCCCAGGCUGGCACAACGCCGAAUACCUCCAAUUCGACAUCGACAUGAACAAGCGCUACCUCACCCACAUCGAGGGCCUACAAAACUCCUUCCUCCACGCCCAGAGCAUGAACCAGAACCUCCUCAACAAGCUCAACCGCAGACGGCUCCGAGAGCGAGGCCUACACACCCGACACGCCGCCGCCUCCCUCAACGACGACAACGACGAGCACGCCCAGCAAGCCGCCGAGAUCGCCAAACUGCGCAAGCAGAAGCGCGACCUGCUGCGGCGCAACCUGGAGCUGCGGAAGCGCGAGCGUGCGCUGCGGCCGCUGGCGCAGAACGCAAAGUUCUAUGUUCGCGGGUACAGGCGCUACAAGAGUAGGUCUCUGCGGGAGUCGGGCGCGUCGUGGGUGGAUUCGGACGGGGAUAUCUUUGGUGAUGCGGAUUUUCCGGGGAGUGAGGGGGUGGAGGAGGGAGAGGAGGCGGAGGUCGAGCCGGUUGCUCCGACCAUGGCACGCUCGAAGAAGAGGGGCCGGGGAGAGGUGGAGGAGGAUGAGGAGGUGGAGGGGGCUGGUGGGAGGAGACUGCCUCCGGCGAAGAAGACGAAGAGGGCAGGGGGGAGGAAGUGA